AUGGUCUCGGACAAGUCGCUGUUCACGACCUAUCGCCAUAUCGCUCCUACGAAGAUUGGUGGUAUUGCAGGGGGCAUCAACGCCAUCGGAACGGGAAACAUCGCCUUCAUUGCCGCCUCGGGUCAUCCGAUCACGCUUACCGGCGUGCUGCACACUCCGGGCCUGUUUGUCAAUCUUCUCUCGGUCUCUCGACUUUGCGACACCGACGAUGUCCAUGUCGCCUUCACAAAACACGGCAUCCACAUUGACAAGGACGGCAACGACAUCGCUGAAGGCGCACGACUCGACGAAGGGCUCUACUUGCUGGACGCUGAUCAUUCCAAAUGUCAGCACCUUGCUCUCCUUUCUCGCUCACAGUCGUCCGUGCCCCUGCUGACUCUCCAUCGCUGCCUCGGCCAUCUCGCACCGUCCUCCAUACAGAAGAUGGUUGCCGCUGGUUUGCUGGAGGGUCUCAGGGCCGGAUAUAGUGACGAAGAGGUAGAGAAGUUUGUCUGCAAUGCUUGCCUCAGCGCAAAGGGCCAUCGUCUUCCCUCUCCCGAUUCGGAUUCGCACUCCUCAGAGAGACUCGGCCUUGUACACAGCGAUGUGCUUUCCUUCCCCGAGCGGUCCUUGACUGGCAAACGUUACCUGGUCACAUUCCUUGACGAUUACUCGCGCAAACUCUGGGCCUACGCAAUCGGACACAAAAGCGAAGUCUUCGGCAUAUUCAAAACUUGGCUAGCCGAGGUUGAACUCGAGACGGGUGCGACGCUGAAGGUCCUCCGAACCGACAACGGUGGCGAAUACUGUUCGAGAGCGUUCACAGAGUUCUGCAAGACACGAGGCACCCGUCGACAAUACUCUAUCCCACGCACGCCUCAACAGAACGGUCGUGCAGAGCGGGUCAAUCGUUCCAUUGUCGAAGGCGUCCUUGCCCUCCUUGUCGACGCCCACCUACCCAAGACAUUCUGGGAGGAGGCUGCAGCUUAUUUCGUUUACUGCAAGAACCUGUGUCAACACGCGGCCCUGGACAAGGCAACACCAAACUCCGUCUGGCAGGGUGACCACACCACUGCCUCGGCGCUUCACCCGUUCGGCUGUACAGCUUGGCUUACGGUCGCGCCCGAACUUCGCUCCAAACUCGACCCGAAGGCGGUUCGCGUUUUUUUCACCGGCUACGACCUGGCUUCAAAAGCCUUUCGCUUCUACGACACUACAACACAGAAGAUUAUACUUGGCAGAAAUGCCACGUUCCUCGACACUGAAUUCCCCGGAUUACAUGGCGACCCCACUGAGCAAGACGGCGACACGCACUUCGCCAGCGCUCCCACCACCGAAUCUCAAACCGUUGUCAAGACAUGGACCCCACUAGUAAGGUCGGCGCACAUGGACGUCUCAUCCCCCCUUGAUGAUUCUGCCAUGAGCGCCGUUGACGUGGCCCCAGGGUACACUGGCGGAACCUUACUUAACUUCACAGAUGCCGAAUCGUCCUCGUCACCGUCGCCUGCGUCGCCCUCAUCACCGUCGUCUGCGCCAUCGCCUGCACUUUCACCAUCGUCGGCUGCGUCAUCGUCACCCUCGGCCUUACCGACCGACUCUGAAGACUCCGCCGAUCCCCUCGACCUCCUCGGCUCACAGCCCCAGGUUCGCCUCGAUCUACAGGACGUGCACCACCCAGACUUCAGCACGUACCGCGAGCCCGCAUCGGCUGAGGAGUCGCCCGACGAACUCGACCUCAUUGGGCGCCACUCUCGCGACGAAUCUCCGGACGAAAUCGAUUUCCUCACCCGACACCACCGCGCCUUCAUCGCCAUCGACGACGACACCUCUGACACAGAGGCAAUUCAGCCAGUCAAGUCCAUCACGAGCGACCCACAGACCUGGCGCGAGGCGAUGUCUAGCGACAAGCGUGAAGUAUGGGCCAAAGCCGCCACCGACGAGUUCACCUCCAUGCGCGACGACUUCAAGGUCUUCACCAUCGAGGACCGAGCCACGGUGCCCGCGGGUGCGACUAUCGUUACAUCCAAGUUCGUCUGGAAAACGAAACGGAACGCACUCGGCGAAGUCACUGGACACAAGGCAAGGCUGGUCGCGCAAGGCAAUCGGCAACGCGACGGCAUCGACUUCAACGAAACGUUCGCACCGGUCGCACGCUUCUCCUCGAUACGCUCACUCCUCGCGCUGGCGGCCGCCAACGGCUUGCACGUGCACCAGGCGGACAUCGACAAAGCAUAUCUGCAUGGCGACCUUGACCACGACAUCUGGAUGACGGCACCGCGCGGCUUCGACCUUCCCAGCGACAAGGUGCUUCGCCUGCGACGCUCCAUCUACGGGCUCAAACAGGCUGGCCGAAUCUGGAAUCGACACAUCGACGCUUCGCUUCGGGCCCUCGGUUACACGGCGACGGGCACCGACCACUGCGUAUACUCUUGGCUCGAUGAUCGUCAAUGUCCACACUACAUCGCACUGUACGUCGACGACCUCCUGAUGAUCAGCCCGGAACUGGCCGAAAUCGAACGUGUCAUCUCAGGCCUGGACCAACGCUACGGAGUCAAGCGCCUCGGCCCGGCCGAGUAUAUCCUCGGCAUCCAGAUCAGGCGGUUCGACGACGGCUCUAUCGCCCUAUCCCAGGAACGGUACAUCAUGGACGUGCUCGCUCGGUUCCACUUCGACACCACGACUCGCGGCACUACAGUUCCGAUGACUCCCGGCCUUUCGCUCACUGCUAUCCCGGGUCAAGGCACCGAACGGAUCAGGUCAUGGUAUCUGCAGGCUAUCGGCUCGCUCCUCUACAUUUCGCUCGGUACCCGCCCUGACAUCGCCUUCGCCGUGUCCUACCUGGCCCGCUUCGCCAACAACCCCGGUCGUCGUCAUUGGAUUGCGGUCAAGCACAUCCUACGCUAUCUCCGGGCCACGUAUCGCAACGAACUCGUGUAUGCUCGCGGCCAGGCUCGCAUCACGGGUGUGGUAGGCUACUCCGACGCGAACUGGGGGCCUGCAUCGACACAUCGGUGUCCACCAUGGGCUACGUCUUCUACAUCGCUGGCUCGGCCGUGUCCUGGUCGUCCAAACGCCAGUCUCGAGUUGCCGAUUCGACCACCGACGCUGAAUACCUCGCCCUCUCGCAUGCUGGCAAGGAAGGGAUUUACCUCAGUCAGCUGCUCGAAGAGCUCCAUGUACAACCUGUUGCACCGGCUCACAUCUUUACUGACAACGAAGCCGCUGCUGCAGUUGCUCACGAUCCUGUCCGCGUCUCUGGCACUCGGCACAUACGCUUGCGUGAGCACUUCGUUCGGGACAUGGUGAAUCGGGGCGACAUCUCUCUCUCGCAUGUGGGUACCAGCGACAUGGUGGCCGACAUCUUCACCAAGGCUCUCGGCCCAAAGGUCUUCUCAACGCACUGCUACGCCCUCGGCCUUCGCACUCGACACCCGCGGCUUGGGUCUGCCUCGCAUUCGCGUGGGGGGGGUGUGAAGAGUCCACUCUCAGCUCGACAGGGGCGCCUCGGUCGUUGCGCGCACUUGCUAGCCCGCCCCCGGCGGUGGGGACUUAGACGCGCGCGACUGCCUCAGCGCGCCAGCGCCGGCGGAUUCAUGCGCGCGCCCGCUAGCCCGCCCCCUUGCGGUGGGGACUUAGGCGCGCCGGCGAUUUCACCCGCGGCUGACUUAGGGAUGUACAUUGUCACGCGCCUGGGACUAUCCCAGCGUGGCCCCCCCCUUUCUGUUUCUUAGCUUCCUUCUCAUCACUUCUGUUCGACUCUCAACCUCUCCUGACAGUAGUGGUGAACGUCUCAUACUCUGACUACUCCGCCGACCCUCUGGACCUCAUCGGCUCACAGACCCCGACUCGCCUCGGCCCACCGGACGUGCACCGCCCAGACUUCAGCACGUACCGUGAGCCCGCAUCGGCUGAGGAGUCGCCCGACGAACUCGACAUCAUUGGGCGUCACUCGCGCGAUGAAUCGCCGGAUGAAAUCGAUUUCCUCACCCAACACCACCGCGCCUUCAUCGCCACAGACGACGACGACCCCACCCUCGACGCCAUCGAGCCCGUCAAAUCGAUCACUAGCGACCCCCAGACCUGGCGCGAAGCAAUGUCCAGCGACGAGCACAACAUCUGGGCUGAGGCCGCCGCCGCCGAGUUCACCGCCAUGCGCGACGACUUCAAGGUGUUCACCAUCGAGCCUCGCUCAUCUGUACCGCCGGGCGCCACCAUCGUCACCUCCAAAUUCGUCUGGAAGACCAAGCGCAACGCAAGCGGUGAAGUCACGGGGCGGAAGGCACGUCUUGUAGCGCAGGGUAACCGACAGCGCGACGGCAUCGACUUCUCAGAAACCUUCGCACCCGUCGCCCGUUUCUCCUCCAUUCGCUGCCUCCUGGCUCUUGCCGCUGCCAAUGGCUAUCACGUUCAUCAGGCCGACAUCGACAAGGCUUACCUCCACGGCGAGCUCGAUCAUGAUAUCUGGAUGACGACACCACGCGGUUUCGACUUCCCGAGCGAUAAGGUUCUCCGGCUGCGACGCUCAAUCUACGGUCUCAAGCAGGCCGGUCGCAUCUGGAAUCGUCACAUUGACACAUCACUCAGGAAUCUGGGGUACAAGGCAACAGGCACUGAUCACUGCAUUUACUCUCGCAUUGACGAUCAGCAGCGGCCUCACUAUAUCGCCUUGUAUGUCGACGACCUCCUCAUUGUCAGUCCAGCCCUCGACGAGAUCGAACGUGUCAUCUCCGGCCUUGAACAGCGGUACGGCGUCAAACGACUCGGCCCCGCGGAGUACAUCCUCGGAAUCCAAAUACGCCGCCUGGACGACGGUUCCAUUGCUCUAUCCCAGGAGCGCUACAUCAUGGACGUGCUGGCCCGUUUCCACUUCGACACCACGACACGCGGCACUACGGUGCCGAUGACGCCCGGCCUCUCGCUCACGGCAAUUCCGGGUCAGGGAACGGAGCGCAUUCGUUCGUGGUACCUACAGGCCAUCGGCUCCCUCCUCUACAUCUCCCUUGGCACUCGACCCGACAUUGCCUUCGCCGUCUCGUACCUGUCCCGGUUCGCCAACAACCCCGGCCGCCGCCAUUGGAUUGCCGUCAAACACGUCCUUCGCUACCUUCGCGCCACGUACCGCGAUGAGCUUCUCUAUGCCCGCGGCCCAGCAAAAGUCACGGGUGUGGUUGGUUAUUCUGAUGCGAACUGGGGCGCCUGCGUCGACACAUCCAUUUCAACGAUGGGCUACGUAUUUUACUUGGCAGGCGCCGCUGUCUCUUGGUCGUCGAAGCGUCAGACUCGGGUAGCGGAUUCCACCACUGAUGCCGAGUACCUGGCCUUGUCGCACGCGGGUAAGGAAGCGAUCUACCUUAACCAACUCCUCUCCGAGCUCCACGUUUGCCCAAUCGCUGCAGCUCACAUCUUCACCGACAACGAGGCCGCGGCCGCCGUCGCUCACGACCCCGUUCGCACCUCCGGCACCCGGCACAUUCGCCUCCGCGAGCAUUUUGUCCGUGACAUGGUCAAUCGAGGUGAUAUCUCUCUCUCACACGUUGGCACAGCAGACAUGGUUGCGGACGUAUUCACCAAAGCGCUAGGCCCCAAGAUUUUUUGGUACACAUUGCUAUGCUCUAGGCCUCCGGACGCGACAUCCACGGCUCAAGUCUACCUCGCGUUCGCGUGGGGGGGGUGUGAGGAAUCCACUCUCCGCUCGGCUCAGGACUUAGGCGCGCGGAGCGAACCGGGCGCGGACUUAGGCGCGCGGAGUGAGCCGGGUGCCCCGGCCCAGGACUUAGGCGCGCGAAGCGAGCCUGGGACUUAG